AUGGCAAAUAAAAUACUAGAUCCAAUCUUUAGAUUAUACAAUCCGAUUCGUUAUUCAUUUAACAAGAAAAAAGAGGAUUAUAUUUUCAUCUCACCGACUGUUGGUUCUAAAUCCCAAUUGAAUGAUGAUGGUAGAAUUACCUUCGAAAUAAAUUCAUUAUCGAAUUGGUUGCUUCUUUCCGAUGCUUAUUUCAGAUGUGAUUUCAAAAUUAAAGAUGGAACUCAGAAUCAAGUACCACAAACUAAUACGUUAGAAAACAAUUUCUUUCCAUCUUUAUUUAGCGAGAUGGUUUUGGAAGCUGGUUCAAAUCCGAUAGAAACAAUUACACAUCCUGGGGAAUUCGACACAAUGUUGAAAACAGUUUUAUAUCCUAAAGAUUUCGAUUCAGUCUCAGGUUGGAUACCCGAUGUUGGCGAUGGAAGUGUUUUAAAAGAAACGGUAAGAAAUCUUGCAAAUGAUGCUGAUUUAGCUAGAAUGAGAGUUGUUGCUCGAAACACAAUAGAAAGAGUAGCACAAGCAACUAAUCAUGGAUUCGAAAAACGAGUACUUCAGUAUAAUAAUGUUGUUGAGAAUAAUAGGUGGGGUAAUUACGUAAAUUGGAAAUUAUAUCCUUUAUUCGGUCUGUUGGAACAUAGAAAAGUUUCCAUAGGGUUACCAUAUAAAAUUCAUCUACAAAGAGAAAUCAACGAUGAUACGAUAUUCCUUGGAGAGAAUGCUUCAGAUGCAAAAUUAGAAAUAACAAAUCUCCAACUUUUCAUACCCGUAAUAACACCAUCAAUUGAAGUAGAAACGAGAAUAUUCAACUCAUUAACUAAAGAUAUUGAAAUAGCUUUUCUUCAUCGUAAUACGGUUGGUAGCAUGACUUUAACUGGAGAAUCCACCACGUGGCCAAUCACUAACACUAUUAAACCAGCAAGAUAUUUAAUGGUAGGUUUCAAGAACUUAGCAGAUUCUCAAAUGAAUAACAAUAAUGCCUUCAGAGUGGCAAUGAACCAAACUCAAGAUCCUUUAAUCCAUAAAGUUCAAGUAAGAUUAAACAAAUAA